AAGCCAAGCUCAAGAAGUUGUUCUCCGGAAAGGCCUACGAUACUUGACGCCAGUCCUUUCUAUAAUUCGUUGUGUAUGGACACUUCUGGUGCCUUUAUUGGCAAUUUAUUUCCAAAGUAUCCAGGCCCACUGCAAAAACCAGUACCCGAGUCCAUCUCUCGAAACCGUCAACAAAAGAGAAUUGAACGCCUAAGAAAGAAGCGUCAAGACAAAGCCAGAGAUAAGGCACGGGUCGCCCGACGGUCAAGACACAGGCAAAGCACGUCUCAAACAAGCACACCCAAAGUUCAGGCAUCGGAACCAUCUACGAACUGCAGUGCAUCUUGCGGAAAGACCACUCCGGCGGCAGCCACCCCUGACGCAGUGCCAUCUGAUACCCGAGUUACGGUACGCACCACACCAACUCGCAAGCUUGCGAACCCGCUGGAGGAAGUUCUCAACAAGAAGGGAACGAAACUUGUGGGAGAACAGCCACAGCACAGGCAGGUGCGAGACGCGGCCAAGAUCGACGCCAAAUCCAAGAUCAACGAAGCAACAGACAACAAGGCCAAACUUCGGUCAUACACGACGUUGCUGAAGCUCAAGCUCCACAUUGACUAGACUUGACGCUCUUUGAUGGCAAAUUGUGGUGCUGAUUUUGGAGGUGCCGAUUGUGGUGAUUCCGGGGGUGCCGAUUGUGGUGCCAGUCAUAAUGUCAGUCAUGGUGGUGAUUUCGGGGCUGCUAUUAUUGCUGGUGGGAGCGCGGACCAUACACCCGAGCAACGUGAAGCGAUGCGCAAGCGGGCAGAGGAAAGAGCCGAGAAGCGUCGCUUGAUAAAGCAAAAGAAGAAGGGAAAACGAGCGGAAACGACUGCCGCCACCAUGCAAAAGCUCAGGUC